AAAGACGACAACUAACAUGUGCGCGCGACUGGUAAUGGAGACCACCUGGAACGCACCCCCCUUUGCUACAGCUGUGCAGCAGCACACAUCAACCGAAUGCAUGAUCCGAACAGCAUCGUGGCUACAAAUAAUACGUAUAAAAUAUUCAAAUGAAUCGGUAUUGAACGAAAGUAGCCCUGGAUGACACAAAAUACUGCAAUAAACAAAAUUACUGAUGCGAGACACAUCUCCUUGGCAUGGAGUUGAUCAGGCUGUUGAUUGUGGAAUGCUGUCCCUCUCCUCUUCAAUGGCUGUGAGAAAUGCUGGAUUUUGGUGGCAACUGGAACAUGCUGUCGGUCCAGAGCAUCCCAAACAUGCUCAAUGGGUGACAUGUCUGAGUGCAUCCAUUGUUUUCAGUGCCGUGAUGCCCUUGAGGAGCAGAUUCAAUGCAGGAGCAGCACAGCCAAUGGGUGUGAUGUGAGGGUAGGACUCCUCCACUUUAGUCCAAGCAGCCUUCAUGUUUGCAGCAUUGUCUGUCACCAGUGAAAAUACCUUCUGUGGUCCAAGGAAACUGACAACCCAAGAUCAGCCAGUUGAGGACACCUGAGCCCCCCUUUGUACUGUGACUGUCUUGUACCACAAUGCUUGGCCUUCAGGGAAGUACCUCAUCCCCUAAAAUGUAUCGCUGUGUGGCUUGUUCAGCCACCUUUACUGGAUUGGCAUCCUUGUUGGUGCACCAAGCUUCUCAUGCAGUUCAAUAUGACAAGCAACCACCACAAUCUGAGAAGCAGAGCCUCUGCACUCACUGUGGUGAAGUGUUUUCAAACAAGGAGCUCCAAGACCAGCACUGCUGCAAAGCACUACCUGAGACCCCAGCUCCCUCUCUUUUUAUCUGUGAUUGUGGGGAUGAGUUUCAGAACUUUAAUGAAAUGCUGGAGCAUAAAAGAUCUCAUGUGUCAACCCCCCAGCAGCAGACCCAGAUGACUGAUGCUAAAUAUUUGAGCCAAGACGAAUGCAGUCUGGUUGAACCUGUCCAACCAGUCUCCCCUCAGCCAAACCUUAGCCAAACCAUUUUGGGCCUCAGUCCCCCCUCUCAUCCCUCACCCCUAUAUCCUGUCAUUCCUAGUUCAAUUCUCCCACAGCUUAAUAGCACAUCCACCGUUCCUGAAGUCUAUACAAAUAAGGGGUUUAUUGCCCUAACCAGACCUCAAGAGCUGAACAACCUCCCUCCAGGCGCAAGUGAGCAGGAAUUACAGCCUGAUGGGCUUAACCAACCUGAGAACAUCUCUACUGCACAGGAACCCUUGCCACAAUCCGUCCAGGAUGAGACUCCUGAGGAUGCAGACUGUCCUGUUACAAGCGGCGCAUCUUCAGAAGAUGCCGGCGCAUCUAAGAAUGAGACCAUAAUGAAGAUGAUAGCAAAUGCAUACAUGAAACGUUAUCAACCUGCUCAACACUACCCAUUAAGACACAAGAGACUUGUGAUACCCAAAAGAGAGCUUAUACCAGUGGAGGUGAUGUCACAAUCCAAACAAACAGCAGCAUCCACACCAGGGCCCUCUAUUGGCCAGUUAAGACACCUGCUUACAAAGUCUGGUGCAAAGACAAUAGCCCAUCCAUCUGGCAUCAUAUCUUUGACUCAGACCUUCUGCCCUGUAGUAGUUCUUGAGACCCGCCAAAAGCUUAUUGAUUCUAGAAAUAGGGCCACACAGGGGAGAUAUCAAUGUGGCCGCUGCCGAAGUGUUUUUCAGGACUUGGACAGCUUGACAGUACAUCAUGCCUUACACAGGAAGGAGAUAGUGAAGUGUUGUCGUCACUGUAAACAACUGAUGAUUGGAAAACCACCCCUUCCAGACAACCACAUCUGUCCCCUGGCUCCACACCACCUUACCUCAGUGGGGAGUAAAUGCCACUCUAUCAAAAAGACUGCAUCAUUCCAGAAGCAAAAGAAGCAACAACCACAAAGAAUCUUCCAAAGUGUUAAAGCUAGGACACCUUACUUAUGUCAAGUGUGCAAGCACAGCUAUGCCCGUAGGUAUAAUCUCAAUGUGCACAAGUGUCAGGGGCCACCCCAUCCUCCUCAGCAUGCCUCCAACUCUGCCCUGUACGAAAAUACUGCAUUUGGGGAAAACAUUCAAGCAAGGGAGCCUGUCACAAGCUUCAACCAGAGGCCUCUAAUCUCCAAAAACAUCAGUGUGGGCACUGACAGCACUCGUCAGAUAAAGCAGGAGGUGAUUUCUGCAGAAUCAAGGCCACAUCCACAGUUUCCUGAUUUGCUCUCGUCUGGUUCACCUAAAAGCUUCUCAUCCUUCUAUCCCAAAGUUUCCAAGCAUGUAACACCAGAAGAAAUUGAUUCAGGAUCUGCAACCCUACAGCAAGGAGAUGGUGAAGGAGACAACGCAGCAAUAAGUUUUAAACAAGAAGGGAGAGAUGGAGAAUGGACAAUGCCUUUAGAUGAUUCUGAGAUUGAUGUGCUGAUUGAGGCAGUAGAUGCAGAAGAUGACGAUGAUUUAAUGCUACAAGAACCUAUUUCUCAGGAUCAUGUCAAGUCCACAAAGGAUGGCGUGCCUUAUUUCAUAAAAGAUGGUGCUAGACGUUUUCCCUGCUAUAGAUGUCAGAAAACGUACAGUCGAGGGUGCACAUUAAAAAAGCAUCAAAGACUGUGUGGAAAUAGGUCAUUUUUGCCACAAUCUACCUUCCGGGCGGUAGCACAGAAAGUCAACAAGGGUCAAUUCCAAUUCGAUUGCUAUGUCUGCGGGAGGAGCUUUAACCGCAAAGAUAACAUGCUGAUUCAUAGGAAGAAGUGCCAGUUAAGUAGAACCGUGUCCAAGAAUGAUAAUGGACUUUUACAACAGGGCAUAUCAGCAGCCCAGGCACCACAACGUCCCGUGGCACAAAGUAGUAAAAAUCUGGAGGAUAAUGGUGCAAAUUGGGGUAUUAUGUCAUUGCCCAAUGUUCUCCCCAGGAGAGUGACGUGUGAGUGUGGGGCAGGCUUCACUUCCCCACGGCUCCUCCUAGAGCAUUUGCAAAAGCAUGCACAGGAGUCCUAUACCUGCCCCACAUGCGGUGAGACACUGAGUUCCUGGGCAGACUAUGAAGUCCACCUACAAGUGCACAUGCAGCCUCAGCACCAGAUGUAUGGGGGAAUGCAACAGCAGCGCUCUCCACCUCUACUGCUAAGGUUUCCACAGCAGCCGCGUCAACGUCGGCAGCCUCUGCCAAAGCAGCAACAUACGCCUCCGCAACACACUCUGCCAGCACAGCGCCCUCAGCCAAAUCAACAACCUCUGCGGAAGCCUAGGAAGCCACAGCCGCGCUGUGUGUGCAUACGAUGCAGCAACACCUUUUGCAGUCGCGGCGCGCUGCUAAAGCACCUCUCCUGGAAUCGGUGUAAAGGUGACAGAGGAGCUGUUUCAGCGAAGGCAAACCACUGUUCCCGCUGCAGCAUGGACUUCCCCAAUGGCCUCAGCCUCAAGUUUCACCAGCUAAAUGGAAUGUGCAAGCCUGCCUUCAAGCCCAUGCGUUGCCCUGUGUGCGUGCGCUGGUUUGGCACUGUGGAGGGACUCCAGAAACACCUACAAACACACGACCAGACCAACUCGUUUCGCUGCCUCAUCUGCCAGCGCCUCUACCCCAGCCUACGGUCACUGAAAGACCACCGCAGAAAGGUGCAUUGCAUUUUGUCUGGAGACACAGCGCAGGUUACACAAUGAGAAUGAAAUACUCUGAACAUCAUAAUCCAACAGAACAUAUGAACAAUGAUUUUAGCAAAAUGUUUUUGCAAGAUCGGUUAUUGAUUUGAGGGAUUAAUUUUGUCUUGUGUAACCAUAUAUAAUCAUUAUUGUACUAUUCUACUUUGAUUCUAUUUUCACUGUCUAUCAGUAGACUUUUCUUGCUCACUUGAACCUAUUUUCAUGGUCAUAGUUGUAAACUGUUGUAUUGUGCUGUAAAAUGCAAUGAUGUUCUUAGCUUGUUCUUAAAAGGAUACUUUGGGAUUUUGGCAAUGAAGUCCUUUAUCUACUUCCCCGCUAUGAAGGUAGUUACCGUAGACUUUGUCAUUGUGCUAAUGCUAGUUAGCAACUUCCUUCAAACAGCACGCAGAGACAUAAAAAUGGUAUCGACAAGUUCAUCUGACUCUGGGAAGUAGAUUUUAAGGGCUUUAUUGCCAAAAUCCUGAAGUAUCACUUUAACUCUUCAGCCAUUAUUAAAAUGUACCACUUAUUGUUAAACUGCUAUUUUAGGUUGUGCAAAAACGUUGAUGGUUAUAUCUUAGUGUGGUAGCAUUGUGGAUUGUGGAUAAAACAAUUAAGUGAAUAUACACUACAAAGUAUGUGCACACCUGCUCGUCGAACUCCUCAUUACCGAAUCAUGGGCAUUAAUAUGGAGUUGUCCCCCCCCCCCCCCCCCUUUGCUGCUAUAACAGAAUCCACCCUUCUGGGAAGGCUUUCGUGUAGAUGUUGGAACAUUGCUGAGGGGACUUGCUUCCAUUCAGCCACAAAAGCAGUAGUGAGGUCGGGCACUGAUGUUGGGCGAUUAGGCCUGGCUCGCAGUCGGCGUUCCCAUUUAUCCCAAAGGUGUUCAAUGGGGUUGAGGUCAGGGCUCUGUGCAGUCCAGUCAAGUUCUUCCACACCGAUGUCGACAAACCAUUUCUGUAUGGACCCCGCUUUGUGCACGGGAGCAUUGUCAUACUGAAACGGGUAAGGGCCUUCCCAAACUGUUGCCACAAAGUUGGAAGCACAGAAUCGUCUAGAAUGUCAUUGUGUGCUGUAGCGUUGAUUUCCCUUCUUUGGAACUAAGGGGCAUAGCCCGAAACAUGAAAAACAGUCUCAGACCAUUAUUCUUCCUCCACCAAACUUUACAGUUGGCACUAUGCAUUGGGGCAGCUUUCUCCUGGCAUCCACCAAACCAAGAUUCGUCUGUCGGACUGCUAGAUGGUGAAGCGUGAUUCAUCACACCAGAGAAUGCGUUUCCACUGCUCCAAUGGCGGCGAGCUUUACACCACUCCAGCCGAUGCUCGGCAUUGCGCAUGGUGAUCUUAGGCUUGUGUCCGGCUGCUCGGCCAUGGAAGCCCAUUUCAUGAAGCUCCCGACUAACAGUUAUUGUGUUGAUGUUCCAAACUGCCUCUGGAAGCUCGGUAGUGAGUGUUGCAACUAAGGACAGGCUUUUUGCUUUUUUUUCUCCACGCUUCAGCACUCCGGUUCCGUUCUGUGAGUUAGAUGUUUCCACUUCACAAUAAAAGCACUUACAGUCGACCAGGGCAGCUCUAACGGCAGACAUUUUACGAACUGACUUGUUGGAAAUGUGGCAUCCUAUGACGGUGCUACGUUGAAAGUCACUAAGCUCUUCUGUAAGGCCAUUCUACUGCCAAUGUUUGUCUACAUUUACAUUACAUUUAAGUCAUUUAGCAGACGCUCUUAUCCAGAGCGACUUACAAAUUGGUGCAUUCACCUUAUGUCUACUCUAUGGAGAUUGCAUGGCUGUAUGCUCAAUUGUAUACUCUUGUCAGCAACGGUAUGGCUGAAAUAGCCGAAUCCACUAAUUUGAAGGGAUGUCCACAUACUUUUGUCUGUGUGUAUAUAUAUAUAUAUUUGAGCACUUCCAUCAAAACAGAAAUGUAUAGGAAAUAGCAUGUAGUGUGUGUUGCUCCUUGUUUUAAUAAACCCCCAUUCAUAGAUGAAA